CGAUCUUCUUCAUCUUCUUCUCUUCUCUUCCUAUCCUCUCUCGCUGCUCUUGGAUCUCUCUCACUGCGUCGCACGACGCUAUUGUUUUGCUGGGAUGCCCUAGUCAAUUACCCAACCCAGCAACCUUAGCUCCACACACCGGCUAAACGCGAACCAAUCCCUCCCAUCACCCUCGAGCUCCUCCUUCCUCUCUCCGUCAUCGAUCUCACUCCCUCACCUCCGUCCAUCUUCCGCCGCCGUCGCCGAAACGAGCUUUGAAGAAGGUGAAUCAUUGAAGUGCCUUGCGGAAGGGCUUUGGGAAUUGACAGUGCUGGUAUCACCGUUCUUCUUCCGGGGAACUGCAAUGGUGGCUAUGAAGGAGGUGAUUCCAAGGACAGGCCCGUUCUUUGUGUCGGCGUUCCGGCUAAUACCUGCCGGGUUCCUCCUCAUCGGGUUCGCUGCUUCAAGGGGAAGACCGUUCCCUUCGGGACUCAAUGCCUGGCUCUCAAUCUCUCUCUUUGCAUUAGUUGAUGCAGCUUGCUUUCAGGUGUUAAGGUGAAUGGAUUCACGUGUAAAGACGCUGCAAAAGUGAAUGCAUCUGAUUUCUCAUCAAACAUAUUAGCAAAACCAGGAAAUGGGAACUAUCUCAGGAUCUUACAAGGUGUCUUGGAGAUUGGUGGAAGGAACCUUGGUCUCAUGAAGAUAUGGAUAAGCUUUUUUGCACAAUGUCUGAUUUUCAGGAAGCAGUGAAAAAGGUGCAACCUUCAUUAAGAAGAGAGGGCUUCUCAUCCGUUCCCAAUGUGAAAUGGGAAGAUGUUGGGGGCCUUGAUUGUUUAAAGGAGGAGUUUGAAUCCAGUAUAAUAAGGCCGAUAAAAUAUCCCGAGGUUUAUCAGACAUUUGAGGUGGAAAAUGAGACGGAAAUUUUGCUUUUUGGGCCCCCUGGUUGCGGUAAAACUCUUAUUGCCAAAGCUGUUGCCAAUGAGGCAGGAGCUAAUUUCAUUCAUAUUAAGGGGCCUGAACUCUUAAAUAAAUUUGUUGGAGAAAGUGAGCGAGAAGUUCGACGAGUGUUUAGUCGUGCAAGGGCAUGUUCACCCUGUAUAGUAUUUUUUGACGAGGUGGAUGCUCUAUCAACCAAACGUGAUUCGAAAGGUGGAUCGGUAGUCGAACCAGUUGUGAACCAGUUACUUAUUGAGCUAAAUGGUGGUGACUAGCGCCAAGAUGUUUUUGGUAUUGGUGCUACAAAUAGGCCCGAUGUGAUGGAUGAGGCUCUCC